GAUAGGGAAUACAUGUCUGAUCCCGGGAGGUGGGUGUGGGAUUUUGACCGCUGGGACCCCCCUGCAAUCUCCUGUAUGGGGCCCCACUACUUACCUGUCCUUGGCGUGCUCUGGCCACACCCUCAGAAAUGAGCGCAAGUGGAGACUGCAACCUCUGCCUCCAUGCAGUCCAGGAGCCUGAACUGUGGAGGAAGGAAUAGGCAUCCACGCUGCACCGAAGAUGGGACAGGAGGAAGUUUGCAUUGAGUUGCACACAGCCAACAACACAUUCAUGUAGGAUUGAGGAUCGCUUUCAAAACAGUGAAUACAGAGAUCAGUGACCACUGUCUGCAAAUAGCAGGAUGGGUGUAGGCAUUUUCUCAGACUGCAUUUUCUUCCUCAAAGUAAACUCCUUACCACUUAAAGAAAAGAAAAAACUGAAAAACACCAUUACGUUGAAUGGAGGAGAAAUUUCAUUUGUGCUGAGUGAAAAAUGCACACAUGCUGUUGUCAGUAAUCCUGCCACACUAAACAGUACCCAGCAGAAGAAAAUAGAGAAACACACAAUCUCUGUAGUAAAUCCUGGCUUCAUAUGGAAAUCUGUUCAAGAAGAGCAACUUAUUGAGGUGGAAUGUGAGGACAAUGAUAAACCAUCUAUCACUGUGGAGGAAGAUCAAGAUAAAAAGAAAAAUCAAUUCCUUGCCAAAUUUGUAAAAAAGAAAGAAACACUGGAAAGUAAUUUGGAUGAUGUGGAAUUUGAAGACAAUGAAGAAGAUGACAAUACUUCAGAUACCUCAGAAGUGGCAAAAUACUGUUGUUUCCAAAAAGAUGAAGAAUAUGCAAUUGUUGAACUGCUUUGCUUUACAGGACAAUGCCCUCUUCCAUUUAGGGUAUCUACUGUUUAUGGGCUUUCCAACACAUCUCAGAAAGAAUUUACAUUUAACCUGGUGGAGACUGCUGAGAAGGCUUGUGAGAAAUAUGACCAUCGAAUUAAUGAGGUUAAAAACAAGGGAUUCACACAAGUCAAUAAGAUCCCUUUACAGGCUGAGAACUUAGCUUCCAAAGCCCUUCAGAAGGUGUUGCUCGGAGAAGCCGUCAAUGUUACAGAAUUGACCUCAGAAGUCGCUGGCUUGGUUGAGUCUAUUUGGAUUGAUGCGAUCGGACAUUUGGACUCUAUACUUUCAUGUCCUGUGGAAAGCAUUAGUCUUAAUGAUCUUUGUAAAGCUGAAGGAAUUCUAUGCCAGAUCCGAAAUGCUUUAACCAAUAAAGAUAAAGAAGGAGACAUUUUUGAGAUGAUGCAAGAGUUCUAUCGAUUUAUUCCACACAAGGAGAAGAUACAGAAGAACAUUAAUAUGAAGUUCUUGACGGCUAAGCAGGAUUUAUGUCAGGUAGUAAGAGACAUGAUCAACGUGUGUGAGACUAGCUUAUCUAGUUAUGUGUCAACCUCUACUGCCAAAUACCAGGCGCUCAGAUGCAGAAUUGAACAUAUUGACCCAAACUCUGCAGAGUUCCUUCAGGUGAAACAGGGUCUUCUUGAUCACAACCACAGCAAUCGAGAGUUUAACAUAUUAAGAGUGUUCCGAGUUGGAAGACUGAGCGAGGUUACUAACUUUAAGAGUGAUUUUGGAAAUGUCAACUCCUUGCUCCAUGCUUCUUCCCCAUGCAACUUUGUGGGGAUCCUCUCACGUGGCCUAAUGUUGCCAAAGAUUAUUGUUGAAGAAUUUGGUGGUGACAGGACAGAUGUUGGAAACCUUGGAAGCGGCAUCUAUUUUAGUGAUUCAAUAAGCACAAGCAUCAAGUAUUCUCAGCCAAGUAGCGUCACUGGAUCACGGCUCUUGGUGGUCUGUGAAGUGGCUCUGGGUAAAUGCACAGAUGUCUUUCACAGAGAUUACACAAUCACUGAACCACCCAAUGGCUUCCACAGUGUUCAUGGUGUCCGACGCAAGGAUGGGGUAAACUCAGACUUUUCAGAUGAUGAAUAUGUGGUAUAUGACGUGAAUCAAGUUCAAAUGAAAUACAUUGUUCAGUUUUCCACUGAUGGGGACAAUGUUGACUUACAAGCAGAAUCUAUGUUUAUAUCCUUUGAUGAAACAUUAGACCAUUGCAACAGCCAACCUGAACCGUCAGAAGAUGUUUCAUUGGAUUUACCUGAACCAUGUGUCACAAAAGCCGGUCUAAAAGGCAGUGAUGGGCAGCAGAUCCCGCUACAAAGCAUACAUAUCAAAGCUCGAUUGAUGGACCUUGCAGCGAAGGUGGUGAUAUUCCAAACCUAUAAAAAUAAUUCCCCGUUCCCUAUUGAAGCAAAGUAUGUUUUCCCCCUUGACAGUACAGCAGCUGUAUGUGGGUUUGAAGCUUUUAUCAAUGGGAAACACAUCAUAGGAGAGGUUAAGGAAAAGCAGCAGGCACAUCGGGAGUAUAGGACCGCCAUCAAUGAAGGACAUGGAGCUUACCUCAUGGAUCAAGAUGCUCCUGAUGUCUUCACAGUGAGUGUUGGAAAUUUACCACCCAAGGCAACCGUCAUCAUAAAAAUCACCUAUGUUAUGGAACUUCAAUGUCAGUAUAAUUGUAUUGAGUUCACGAUUCCUGGAAAUGUGGCUCAGUGGCAACAAGACAACGCAUUAAAGGAGAAUACACAGGAUACUGUAAGCAAAGUUGGCAUUGAAAGCGACAUGGCACCAAAAGGAUCUUUUAUUUUAGAUAUGUCCAUUGAGUUGCCAAGAAAAUUGGAAACUCUUUACAGUUGUACACACGAGAUCAAAAUAAAAAGAACCAAGUGCAAAGCUGUAGUUCAGACAGAAGAAUCUAGCUCUUUCAAUGAUAUAGGUUUUUCUCUUCGUAUAUUUGUAGAAAGUGCCUAUAUCCCAAGGAUGUGGGUUGAGAAACACCCAGAUAAAGACAGCGAGGCUUGCAUGCUGAUUUUUCAACCAGAGUUUGACAGCUGUUAUGAAGAGAUAUAUAUGACUAUAUGCCUUGACUGUUCUAACUCUAUGGAGUCAUGUUUUCAAAGCGCUAAACAGGUUGCACUGCUCGCACUUCGUUCUAUACUUGGCAAAUAUAUGAACGUUGUCCUUUUUGGGUCAAAUUAUAAAGAGUUUUAUCACUGCCCAAAGCAAUACCAAUGUGAUGAUUACAAUGUAGAUAUGGAACGGUUUAUAAAAGAGGCCAAACCUACCAUGGGUAGCACUGAGUUUUGGAAGGUUCUACAGUCCUUGUGUUUGCUCAGAACUAAAGUGGGACGUCAUAAAGUUCUCCUAAUCAGUGAUGGACAUCUCCAAAAUGAAAACUUGGUCUUUCAGAUUCUAAACAAAAAUAAAAACCACGUUCAACUGUUCACAUGUGGUGUAGGGACUACCGCAAAUAAGCACAUGCUCAGGUGCUUUGCACAAUAUGGUUCCGGAGCCUUUGAAUAUUUUGCUGACAGUUCUAAAAGCACAUGGAAAGAACAGUUGGAUAAACACAGAUCACGACUAGACUCUUCGGCAUGUACAUCUGUUUCAGUGAAGUGGAGACAGUACAAUCAGAACACCCCUGAGAUCUUGCAAGCCCCUGCAAACAUACAAGCUUUAUUCCAGAAUGACAAUCUAUUAGUUUAUGGCUUUGUCCCUCAUUGUACUCAGGCAACGCUAAAAGCUUUCUUUAAUGAUAAGGAAUUUGAGAACAUGGUUUCAACCACUGAGCUACAGAAGACAACUGGAACAAUACUGCACACUCUUACAGCUCGAGCUCUGAUAAGAGACUAUGAGGAAGGAAUUCUGCAUGAGAAGGAAAAUGAGAAUGAGAUGAAGAAACAGGAGAUGAAAUCUUGCGUCAUUGAGCUGAGUAAAGAAUACUCACUAGUGACUCAAUUCACAAGUUUUGUGGCAGUGGAAAAAAGGAGUGCAGAGGAAGACAUGGAUGUUGAACCGAAUGUUCUUGAAAUUAUAUCUGCAGAAGAUGUGGAUAUUCUGCCAUACAUGGACUGGUCAUAUUUAGAUGAUGAGAGAUCUACUUGCCAAAGUUCAGAAGAAUCCAGCAGAGGGAGCUCUCCUGUUAAGGAAUCUAUGUAUGGAAAGUGUUUUGAGUUAGAAUACCCUGGAGAUUCAAGUGCAUCAGAGGAAAACGAAGAGGACAUGUUUUUAAUAGCUGAGACAGAGGGCGUCUACGAUUAUACACCAUAUGAAGCUAUGGCAUACCAAAUACUGGAGGAAAUAGAGAUUUCAGUUCAAUCCUGUCCAGUGUUGUCUGAACAUUUCCCUAAGCAAAGUAACAGUGCUUCUCCUCCUGAAAUGUCUGCGGCAGUCCCAAGAAAAUUGGCUAGGCGUAGUUUGAAAGGCUUACGUUCACCAUUAAAGGACAGUGCGGAACUUUUAAGUCAAUCCUGCGAACCUCAAGCCUUGUUGUCGGCACCAAUCAGGGCCAAGUCCAUUUUGCAAGGUGACCGUGCUUCUCCUCCUGAGAGGCAUGGGGCAGCCCUAGAAAGAUUGCAAAUGUUUGGAUUUGAACCAUUGAGCAGUAGCACAAGCGAGGACAGUGCCGAUCUACCUCUAUCUUGGCGACCUGCAGCAGCACCGGCAGUACCAGUCAUGGCCCAGGACUUGUCACUUCCUUGUCCUGUUCCUCCUCCUGGAAUCUUUGGUUCCCCAGCUUCAGCAGUGUCAGCAGCACCACCGAGUUUCCAGGCCCUUUCGCAAUAUUUAAGGCCUUCUCCUCCUGAAAUACCUAAGGCAGCCCCGGAAAAAAGAAGCACAGUGAAAGCAAGUGCCGAUCUUUUACAUCAUACUGGGGUUUCUCCAGCAUGGAUGCCAGCACCAGUCAUGGCCCAGGACUUGUCGGUACGUUCGCUUCCUCAUUCUCUUCCUUCUCCUGGAAUCUUUGGUUCCCUCGCUUCAGCAGUGUCCACAGCACCACCCAGUAUCCAGGACUCUUCGCAAUAUCCCUCGGCUUAUGUUCUUAAGGCAGUCCCAAAAAGAAGAAUGGUUGGAUAUGCCCCAAUGAGCAGUAGCACAGAAGAGUACAGAGCUGAUCUUUUACCUCAAUCCUGGGUACCUGCAGUAGAGUCGGAAGCACCAGCCAUGGCCCAGGACUUGUCGCUUAUACACAGGUUCCCUGGUCCUCCUCCUCCUCCUCCUCCAGUCUGUGGUGUCUCUCCGAGCAUCAUGGGAAAUGUAGUCCAAAACAUCUGCAACUGGCCCUCCUCCUCCUAUCCAGGCGGUGUCUCUCCGGUUCUGCAGAGACAAGUCAGAGAUGUGAGAAGUCUUCAUGGAGGUCCAGGCCAGAUGGAGAAGGAAAGGAAACUUGAACGACUCCGAUCAGAGAAUACACUCCCUCAACUUCCAUUGGAAUCAUCUGGAGACUUAUUGUACCUAUACAACAUAUCUAGUUUGCAGACAGCCCUGUUUGGUUCUGCACUUGUUCCCCGAGCUGGGAUCCCAAGUGGGGCUGGAGGUUUUAGCACGAAAAACAUAAAGGCACUUAGCCAUCUCUCUCCGGAGGGGUCCCGCUGUUCUGGCUCCAUAGGUAGCAAUGCAAAGCUCAAGGCCCUGACUGCGCUCCUGCACCUAAGAGAACGGUGUGCACCCGUAGACCUCCUAUCGUCCAGACAUGAGAGAAAACGUUUGGUGCCUCCUUCUUGGUCGUCUCUGUCAUCUCUUCAAAGUCCGGAAGGAUACUGGCAGCUGAACAUAGAACUCGGUGCCUUAUUAAAGAUCAAUGUCCUUUACUUGACGGAAGAUUUUCUUGUAAAAAAAGGCAUCAGAUCUCUGGGUACCAGAGGGGUCGAUACAAUUCACAAACUGAUGGCUACGCUCCUGGUGCUACAAAUAAUCCGCGUCCACAACAUACUGAGCGGAAUCACAUUUAAAUCUUUGAUGAAGUUGGAACCGCCUGUCCUGAAAAGUUUGCCAUAUUCAAGCAUUGAAAAAGCCAUUGAAUGGGCAGGAAAAUCCGACCGACAGUACUCGGGCAUCUGUGUGCGGCUUGGUUUGGGGAAAGACUGGGAACAAGCCACACGCCAGUUAUUGCGCUUGGAUCCAAUAUCCACAACUUCUGAUAUUUUCUCAGUUUCAGAUUGUUUGUUUUUGUUGUGAUCGCAUUCUGUCUUUUCAUUGCUUUUAAAGGGGUAUUCCAGGCCAAAACUUUUUUUUUUAUAUAUCAACUGGCUACGGAAAGUUAAACAGAUUUGUAAAUUACUUCUAUUAAAAAAUCUUAAUGCUUACAAUAGUUAUUAGCUUCUGAAGUUGAGUUGUUGUUUUCUGUUUAACUGCUCUCUGAUGACUCACGUCCUGGGAGCUGUGCUGUCCUCUGCUGUCCAUUUUAGGAACUGUACAGAGCAGGAGAAAAUCCCCAUAGCAAACACAUGACAUGCUGCUCUGGACAGUUCCUAAAAUGGACAGCAGAGGUCAGCAGAGAGCACUGUGGUUGUGACAGCAGAGAAAUCCAAAAAGAAAAGAAUUUCCUCUGUAGUAUACAGCUCCUAAAAAUUACUGAAAGGAUUAAGAUUUUUUAAUAGAAG